GGAGCCGCUCGCUCGCCGCUCCCCCGCACCGCGCGCCCGCCCGGGGCCGCAGACGGUGCGCCGCGCAGCCCAGCCGAGCCUCGCGGGGCCGCCGCCAGCCCUGCCGGCCGUCUCCCCGAGCCUCCCGGGGCCACCGGGCCUACCACCCCCGCCGCCCGCAGACAGCUCCGCCGGACCCGGAGGGAGCGCCGCGCUCCUCGCUGCCGCCACCGCACGCGCGCGUUCCAGGGCUCUCCAGGUCACGGGCAUGAUGCUCCGGGUUCUGGUGGGGGCCAUCCUCCCCACCAUGCUGCUGGCCGCUCCACCGCCCAUCAACAAGCUGGCGCUGUUUCCGGACAAGAGUGCCUGGUGCGAGGCCAAGAACAUCACCCAGAUCGUGGGUCACAGCGGCUGUGAGGCCAAGUCCAUCCAGAACAGAGCGUGCCUAGGCCAGUGCUUCAGCUACAGCGUUCCCAACACCUUCCCACAGUCUACAGAGUCCCUGGUGCACUGCGACUCCUGCAUGCCAGCCCAGUCCAUGUGGGAGAUUGUGACGCUGGAGUGCCCCGGCCACGAGGAGGUGCCCAGGGUGGACAAGCUGGUGGAGAAGAUCGUGCACUGCAGCUGCCAGGCGUGCGGCAAGGAGCCGAGUCACGAGGGGCUGAGCGUCUACGUGCAGGGCGAGGACGGCCCGGGCUCCCAGCCGGGCACCCAUCCCCACCCCCACCCCCACCCUCACCCACACCCCCACCCUGGCGGGCAGACCCCUGAGCCUGAGGAACCCCCGGGGCUCCCCCACGCUGAGGAAGAGGGGGCUGAGGACUGAGGCCCCUGACUCUUCCUCCCCUCUCAUCCCCCGUGGAAUGCUGGGGGAUGUGUGUGGGGAGAGGCUGAAGCCCCCCUUUGGCACUGGAUGGACUUGGACUUGGAAUGCUUCCCAGUUGCCAUGGAGAUCUGCAGGGAGGGGCUGGAGCCAAGCUGCACAAUUUAAUAUAUUCAAGAGUGGGGGGGAGGAAGCAGAGGUCUUCAGGGUUCUUUUUCGGAGAAGGGGGUUCCCUUCCUUUCUGCCUCUUGGAGAUGUGCCUUGGAGAAGGGGAGGAAGUUGGCUAAGCUGCUGAGGUGCGGGUGAGGCCAUCCAAGAUGGCGGGAGCCAGGCUAAGGCCCACGAGGCCUCUGGUGGGGCAGGGCCCCUGGGGUACAGGGGUGGAGCUGGGCACUGAGCAGAGGGUGGGUACCUCGCCAGCAGCGGCCCUAAAGGAGGCCAUGGGUCCGGGCUAGGAAGGCCACUGGCUAAAGCAGGGAGCUCCAGCCUGUGCCCCACAGGCUUCUCCAGAGGCUGCUCACCGCAGCCCCAGGCCAGGGCAGCUUCUCUGCAUGGCCCCGUGGUGGCCGCCCCCUCCCUGGUUGGGAGUCAGGCCUGGGCAGGACCCUGCUGACUCUCGGCCCUGGAGCCAGGGGCUAGGCUCUUGGGGCCUCUGGCUUUCUCGGCUUCCCAGGGGGUGGAGGAAAGGGAGGGCCCUUCCUGGGCUAGGGCGUGGCAAUGACCCCUCCCCCUGACCAUCAUUGCCACAGAGAGCAUCCCUCCCUCCUGUCUCAGAUCUCAGUGCCCCCCACUGCCCCCGAGUUCCAGGCCCCUCAGUAAGCUGAUGGAGCCAGUCGCACCCUGUUGGGGGAACUCUUUCUAAAUAUCUGGUUUGGGGAGGGGUCACUGUGGCUCAGAUUCCGAGGAGGGGCCGGGGUGGGAUGGACAUGGGCUAAGCCUCAAGAAACGAGGAGGAGGGGCGAGGGCUUCUGUGGGUUCACCGUGUUCACCGUGUUCACCGUGGCUGUCCGGCUGCCCGAUCCCAGCGGCCUCCCCCCUCCCACUGCACUUUAACCCUGGAGGGGGUGAGGGAUCCAGACCAGGGCGGGAAGCACCGCCUGUGUCUGCUCUCCUGACCCCCGGCAGCUUCCAGCCCCACCAGCCUCCUGCCCGGAGCUGCCCCGCCUGUCACAGCUGUUCCGACGAGAGCUUCUGGAGCUUGUAACCAGUAGAUGGUCUCCCUGACGGACCCUGAGUUUUCUCACGAAUAAAUUCGUUCAGCGCCUGUGUUUCCUUC